AUGACCAGCAGGGCCAACAAGCGCAAAGCUCCUUCCACCGGCUCCACUAGUAAAGGAAGCUCGCCAGCGAAACGAGCGCGACCAGACGUGCCAGACUAUCACCAGACUCCCUCGGUGAAGGAUGCAGACGGGGAGAUCCAAUGGCCUGCUCCCAAAGCGCAAAUCCAGCGCGCGAGGGAAAUUAUUCUCGAGAGCGCAAAGGCUGGCAAGCCAGUCGUGAUCGUGCCUGAUAAAGAUGCCGAUGGACUUUCAGCGGGCGCCAUAUUGAGACACACUCUCAUCCUCUUGGGCCUACCGAAAGAAUUGAUCAGCGUACAUCUCCUCACAAAAGGCAAUACCGUACACAGUGAAGAGGAAAGGCAGUUGAUCGCAAGCCAAGAUCCUGCGUACAUCUUCGUCGUUGACCACGGCAGCCGAGCAUCGCCUCCUCUCAUUGACGGCGACCACACUGCGCUGGUCAUAGACCAUCACCAUGCUACACCCGAUGACUCCCCCCAGGGAGCUGAACAUGUCACGGCCUGCGAAUCUCCACCAGUUGCGACGUCCUCUCUACUCACCUACGAGAUAUGUGAACCUUUACACCCUGAUGUGGCCUCGACGUGCGACUGGCUCUGUAUCGUUGGGACGCAUGGUGACUUAGGGAACACUCUCAAAUGGGAACCGCCAUUUCCUGACAUGAAAGCAACACUUAAGAAGUACACGAAGAAGACCUUGAACGACGUCGUUUCUCUAGUCAACGCACCUCGACGAACCGCCACCUACAAUGUUAAGUCUGCUUGGGAUGCGCUGUGUGAGACAGCCGAGCCUGCGAGCGUGUUGAAGAACUCUCGCCUCCUAGCUGCUCGAGCUGAGGUUAAUGAUGAGGUCGAAAGGUGCACACACGCGGCUCCCAAAUUCUCUCCCGACGGCAAGAUCGCAGUUUUCAGAAUUCGCUCUGAAGCGCAAGUGCAUCCUGUCAUAGCGACUCGUUGGGCAGGGCAUCUCCAGAGCAAAGCUUUGGAAAUAAUUCUUGUCGCCAACGAAGGGUAUCUACCUGGAAAGGUGAACUUCUCCUGCCGAAUUCCUCGAUGCGCGAGGAGUAGGGAUCCUCCCGUGGACAUCAUACAAAGCUUGAGGGCGUACGCGAGUCUGCCAGAUCCGAGGAGUGAGGAUAGAUCCAGCUCACCUCAACCACAGGAGAAGGCACCUCUACUCGAGCGUCUAGGAGACGAUUUCGCGAGGGGCCACGUGCAAGCAUCUGGAGGCAUCGUCGCCACCAACGAGUUCGAGGAGCUCAUGCAACGCAUGCAGAUUGGUGUCAAGGCAGCGAAGAAAGAAAACGACAGUCCUACGAAACAGAAGACCAAGACGAUAGAUCCGGGGCAGAAGAACACAUUGAUGGGAUACUUCAGCAAGAAGUGA